GACACACAUACUGACACUGACUGGCUGUACAUCCAGGAGCCUGAGAGGCAAAGAGAGAGCAAGAAUAAGAGAAGAGCGGGAAGUUGCAUCUAUUUUUCAUGCAGCACCAUCACCAUCACCAUCCCUCUUCUGCCUUAGCUUUUCCUCCACUUUACUUCUCAAGUCCUGGAUGAGAGCUAAAGACUGUGUGGGACUCAGGCUCACAGAGGAGAAUGAGUUCUGCGGAGGAGAGAGAGGACCAUGAUAUGUACUGUGAGAAGGCGGUAGCCCUCAUCAUUGACCUCUGUCUGGACGACAGCCCACUGUUGCAGCCCAAUACCUGCCAGGACUUCAUCACACUGCUAGCCACCAACCAGAACCCAAACUCUCCAGGGUCAGAUCUCUCCUUCAGCCUCCUGCUCCUGGUGUUUGUGGCCUGUGGCCUGGGCCUACUGAGCGUCAUCGUCUUUGCCUUCUGGAAGCUGUGCAGGGUACACUGGCGCACCAAGGACCUCUCCUCCAGUGCCACUGCCCUCGCCCCCCCCUCCUCUGCCUCUGACAGACCCUACGACAGAGCCUUGCCCGCACACGGCCACAGGCCUACGCUCGUACACGCACACACGCACACACACGUCAUGGCAUCGGACAAGCUGAAUCCUUUGGACCCGGCAAGUUUCCUAGAGGCAGCUGUGAAGAUCAGCCACACGUCACCUGACAUCCCUGCCGAGGUGCAGCUGUCCAUGAAGGACCACUUCCUGCGCCGCACGCGUAUGUCCAGGCAGACCACCGAGCCCAACUCCUCCAAUAGGCACAGCUCCUUCAAGAAGCACCUCCCCCGACAAAUGCACCAUGUCACCAGCCUUGACCGAGGCAGCGACUUCCCCUAUACAGAGGACCAAUCCACCAGCCUAGCCAGUUUGGGCCGCAUCCAGCCAGAGCUCUACAAACAGAGCCCACUGGAGGCCGACGAGUCCUCCAAGAACUGCGCCGCCGCCAAGACCUGUGGUAAGAUCAACUUCUCCCUCAAGUACGACUACGAGUCUGAGGCUCUCCUCGUCAACAUCCUCAAGGCCUUCGACCUGCCCGCCAAGGACUUAUGCGGCAGCUCCGACCCCUACGUCAAAAUCUACCUCCUGCCUGACCGCAAGCGCAAGUUCCAGACCCGCGUCCAUCGCAAGACGCUCAACCCCAUGUUUGAUGAGUCCUUCCAGUUCACUGUGCCCUACGAGGAGCUGGGCAGCAGGAAGCUGCAUCUGAGCGUAUUUGACUUUGACCGCUUCUCCCGCCACGACAUGAUCGGAGAGGUCAUUCUGGAGAAUCUGUUUGAGGUGUCGGACCUCUCCCGUGAGAUGGCCAUCUGGAAGGAUAUUCAGUACGCCACCUCUGAGAGUGUAGACCUGGGGGAGAUCAUGUUCUCUCUCUGUUACCUGCCGACCGCAGGCCGACUCACCAUGACCGUCAUCAAGUGCAGGAACCUCAAGGCCAUGGACAUCACAGGAUACUCAGACCCAUAUGUCAAGGUCUCCCUGGAGUGUGACGGACGGCGCUUGAAAAAGAAGAAAACCACCAUCAAGAGGAACACUUUGAACCCCACCUAUAACGAAGCUAUCAUCUUCGACAUCCCCCCUGAGAACAUGGACCAAGUCAGCCUGCGCAUAUCCGUCAUGGACUAUGACUUGGUGGGACACAAUGAGAUCAUAGGUGUAAACAGAGUGGGCAGUCAUGCAGAGGGACUGGGCAGAGACCACUGGAACGAGAUGUUGGCCUAUCCACGCAAGCCCAUCGCUCACUGGCACUCUCUACUGGAGGCAAGCAAGUCUCAGAAAGAGUGGAAAACCCGCACUGCAAGUUUUGACAGCCAAGGCUCUUGCCCUUCUCCAAGACUCCUGUCUAGUCCAUGAGGGAGGAGCUAGAGUUUAUACUCCACGACUCUACAAAGCCUGCCCUGUAGCAAGGCCUGAAAUAUGGAGUGUCCCAGACCCAGACCCACACAUGUUGUGCCUCAGAAUAUGUAAAGUGCAGUAAAUUGCUCUGGAAUGACGUUAUCUCGCCAUCACACACCCACACACAUACACAAACACAUUUCUCUUGUACCCUCUUGGACAGCCACUUUGUCAUGGUACGUAUAGCCUAGUGUAUACUGGGUCUGGUGGGAUCAUUGUUAUUGCAACAAUAGUUUUGCAGUUGAGCUCAGCCUGGUUUGGUUAUACACCUGAGGUAAACAUCUUUGUAUAUAUGUAAUGCCCUUUGAUACUGACAUCAAUAAUAGCACUGUAUUUAGAAUCACAUAUUUAUGAUAUUAUCAACAUGACUAUCCCCCUGAAUUUACUUUUCUGUUUCAAUUGUUACCUGUGAAGUGUUUGCCAAUAGUCUCUUGUUCAGGCAAUGUCAUGUACUUGUGGAGGGAGUUGGCUUGACCUUUGACCCCUUUGCCUCAUUAGCCUUGUGAUAAGUGCUUGAAUCAAUGACUUUCCUCUGUUUUUUCCAAGCAAUUUAGAGUAUCUUUCCACUUUUGUAUUGAACAUGUGUAUUUGUAACAACUGUUUCCAGGCGUCCCUUGUAUUUUAAAGAAGUGAUAAUAAAGUUGUCGAUUCUGGUUCUAACA